AUGAGUAACUCUUAUUAUGAUCAAUGUUCGCAAUAUACGUCUGUCUAUAGGCGUAGUGUUGGAAUUACAACUAGGCUAUCCCCCUAUGAUCGUUCUUCGUCUGUAUAUCGGCUUGGUGCUAGAAUAACAACUAGGCAAUCCACCUUCGUUUUGGGAUUACAAGCCACAAUUACUCCACACAACUAUCAAUCGGUGCCUCAUAAUGUCGGGAUUACAAUAGCUAACGUGAGUAGUCGUGAUUUAGUGGAAAGACUCUUAAGGCGGCAGGAUGUAGAAGACAAUUUGAAUGGCGGAUCAUCACAAAAUUGGGGCGAUUCUCAAGCAGCAAGUGAACUGUUUGAUGAUCAAGAGGAGGAUGCUAUAUUCUUCGGGUAUUUUAAAACAAGAAUUCAUCGUGUUGUUGAAGGAGUAAAUAAUCAGACAGAAACUAAAGAGAUUUGUACCAUAUGUCAAGCGGAAUUUGAGCAUGAAGAGUCCAUUGGGACACUGAAGUGCGGACACGAAUAUCAUACAGGCUGCAUCAAACAAUGGUUGCUGAGGAAAAAAGAUUGUCCCAUGUGUCGAGCUUCUGUUUUGCCCUGA